AGCAUCGGAAAAUGCAAAUAAAUCUACAGCAAGAUGAUGUAUGGAGCUAACGUUGGAAACAAAGAAGAGAGAUAAACUUCAUCGUUUUUAAUACUAGGGAACUGGUGCUUAUUGGGAUCAUCUUCUUCCUGUCUGAUCAGCUUCUUUUUCCUCGUUUGACAACCACAUUCACUUCCACAAAGAAGUACCGUGCCUGAUCACAGGCCAACUGUCCUCAGAGGAUAUUGUAGGUGGUUUACAACACCACAUGUACAAAAGUCGAUUGCAAGAAUAUACACAAAAAUCUUGUUUACAGCCCCCGGUGUACACGAUUGUUAAAGAAGGAGCUGAACAUUCACCAAACUUUAGAGCUACAGUAUUGGUUGAUGGAAAAAAGUAUGCAUCUCAAGGGACUUUUCAAAGACGAAAGAGUGCAGAACAUAAUGCUGCCAUGAUUGCAUUACAUAGUAUCCAAAAAAGGAUGAACGAUGAUGGGUGCCCAAUUAAUCCAAAGUCUAUCCUGAAUGAGCAUACAACUCUGUGCAAGUCUAUCCUGAACGAGUAUGCUCUUAAGAUGCACCUGGAGCAUCCAGCAUAUUAUACAGUCCAACCACAAGGCUUAAUUCCAGUUUUUGCAUCUACAUUGGUUCUGAAUGGUGGCAAUUAUACCGGAGGUAUAGGAAGAAACAAGAAAGAUGCUGAACAAUUAGCAGCACGGGAAGCCAUUUUUUCCAUUUUAGACUCUGCCGAUUCUGCAUCUGCAACUAUCAUGUCUGAGAUAAUCAAAUCCAAGUACAAGGACGUCAGAGCAGCCCCUGUUUUCCUCAAGUUCUAGGAUUGAAGAAACAAAAAGAAGCGAUGUUACUGAGUUUGUAAUCAGAAUAAUCUUCGUUGUUGGUUCGAUUAAUGUGUCGAUAAUCUUCGUUGUUGGUUCGUCAUGUCAAUACCUGUCACAAGAAUCAGCAUUCUUACUUCCAAGAGAGUGAUAUAAGAAUCUAGUCAUCACCACCCGUGAAUUCUUUUGCUCGCUUGUUCACCCCCCGAAAACUUUUAGAAACUGUUUUGGUUUCAAUCAAAAAAUGUCUUUAGAUGAAAAUUAGA